AUACAUGUAUUACGUAUUUAAUUUAUAUUCUUUAUUCAACGGGCGUGAUACUUAAAAGUAUUCCUUUUAAGAAAGGAUUAUACAAUAGACAACACAAUAUAAAACAGAAAAAAAAAUGUCUGACCCCUGUAACUGCUUAGAGACUGGAAAAUGUCUGUGCGCAGACUCCUGCCCAUCAAGUGGAUGUAAAUGUGGAACCACCUGUAAAUGUGGGCCCAGCUGCAAAUGUCCCGGAUGUCAAGUCAAAUGCAACUGCAGCGGAUCCUGCGGUUGUGGAAAGGGCUGUACCGGACCUGAAAGUUGUAAAUGUACCGACAGUAGCUGUGUCUGCAAAAAAUGACUCCAGGGUCACGUGACAGAAUUCCAUUGUAAAGAACAAAAUAAAUAUAUAUUGUGCCAUAAA